AUGGACAUGAACAGCUCGGCCGACUCGAGCCGGUCGAACUCCAACUCCACCCUCUCCGUCAACCCGCCCGCCCAGCAGCAGCACUCCCAGCAGCCCUCCAAGCCGGGCUCGCUCUGCAGCUCCUUCCAGACCUCCGCCAGUGCCCCGCGCGACCUGCUCGCCCUCAAGCUCAGCAAGGUCAAGGCGACCGCCGCCCUCUUCGAGUCCCGCUCAGCCUCCACCCCGCCGCCGCUGCUCACCGCCCAGCUCCGCCCAGCCUCGCUCGACCAUCCCCGGAGGCCCUCCUUCCGCCUCCACACCCCGCCCACAGACCAGCCCGCCCUCAGACUCUCCGCAGGCCAUGUGAGCCAGAUCAAGAACCAGUUCCUCUCCAGCCCCUCGCUCGUCGACCUCCAGCGCAGACACUCCGCCGACCGCCCGGCCAGCAACAGAGUCCUGCAGAACUACGCCCCAGAGUGA